AUGAACGGAAAUAUAUAUUUACUUCCGCAAGGACAACUUUAAAUAGCUAAUGUUUGUAUGUUGAAUUAUUAGUGAUAAGACAUUCAUUAUAAACUCUUUAUCAAAGAAGAGAUAACAGAGAGGUCAAAUGUCUGGAUAUUCAUGGUUUAGCGAAACUAAUCCCCUCCUUAGCCAGGAAAUUAGGAGACGCAAGUAUCAAUCAAAACAAAUUGUGGCAGCCAUCUCGUGUGUGGUUCUGAUUGUAACUUUCACAAUUGUAGCAGUGUAUUUUGGAACAAGAAGUAAUCCAAAAGUUUAUCCAACUCCACGUCCACGUCCACGACCUCCCAGUUAUGACCUCCAGAAAGAUCAUGCAGACAUAAUAUUAAUGUUCAGUGGAGCGAGAAAUGGAAACUACAAAAAGAUAUGGACAGUUUUAAGUAAAAAGCCGUACCUGAUCAACGUUAUUCCCAGAAAUGAAUCUUACGCUCUUCUCCACUACGCCACACGACAAAAUAAUUCUAUGGCUGUCCAAAAACUCGUCAACUAUAGUUCAUGUGAUGUUAAAGUAAAGAGUCUUCCGAAUGCUAAGAAUAAACACCUAGGAGGAAAAAUACCAGAGCAGUUGGCACUGGAUAAAAAUAUAAAAAAGUUUCUGCACAAUUUCACUGAAAAAAUGAUGCAAGAACGAUUCGGAUCCAAGACGGUAUUCUAUACAACAAAAGUAAAAGGUGAGAAGUUCAACAAAUAUGGACCUCCUUUGUUACUUUUAACACUUGGUACUUUUAAGAAAACGUUUUUAGGAAAGACAAAGACCAGUUCUAAAUUUCAAAGUCUCCUCAAUUCCACUUUCCAAAGUGCAUCUAAGAACUUCAAAAAUAUAUCAAAUUUAAUAUCGGUGAAUCUCUAUGAUUUCGAUAACGAAACUGCAGACAUACUGAAUGUGACCUCAAAGACAGAACUCUUUGCAAAUAUAGUGAAGUUAUAUACAAGUCGAACGCUAUACGUAAAUGUGAAUACAGCACUUAAACGCCAGGCGCUGUUCGAUUAUAAAAAGUAUAGACCUCGAGGCAGGGCACUUCGUUUUGGUCCAUAUGCACUUAUGCUCCAAGCAGUCCUAAUGUACUGGACAGACUUAAAGCCAUACAAUGGUAUUACUUAUCGAGGAUUCAAGGUUAAUGUAUCGAAGCAAUACAACGUUAAGAAGAAGUUUGUAUAUUUGAAUUUUAUGGUGACAACAAAUAAUGAAACACGAGCCGACGAAUAUGCUGGUGUACAUGGUAGCAUUCUGGUUAUCAGUAACACUCGUCAUUGCCACGUACAGCCACGUGACAUAACCAGAUAUUCCUACUACCCAAAUGACCGGCAAUAUCUUUACCCGGCUGGUUCUGAGUUUGUUGUAACUGCUAACGACGGUCGUAAUAUAAUUUUAUCAUGUAUUUAAUCAACAUGUUUGGAUGUAUUUCUCUAUUUUUUUUUCUAUUUUGAUCGUUUUAAAAUAGUCUUCUUCACCUUAUAUUUGUACUGUACUAUCUCACAAAUAUAAACUAGAAGAAUAGCGGAGAUCAAUUGCCGUUUUUAAGUUAACGUUGUGCUUCCAAACCCACAACGAUAUCAAAAAAACUUUUGUCAUAAGGUUAUCGCAGAAACAUGUGUACAUGUAUACUCAAAACAUAUCUUUUAAAGAUUUGGUGGUAUCCAAUGUGAUCCUUUAAAGAAAAGGUAACACUUGAUGAUGUCUUUAUAGAAGAUUGCUUUUUUCAGUCUUAUGAUGUUAUCAUAUCAUUUCAUUACGAAAUACAAACUGCUACUUUAUCAUUUUGAAAUAAAAUCAAUCUGCCUAUCUUUGUAAUUUUAAGAUCGUCAGUUCAGCACUUUCAAAUCUAUUUUAACUCACAAACAUAAAUUGGCAGGAUAUAAAAUAACAUAAAACGGACUACAAGAGAUGUCUAUAUGUAACUAUAUGUGAUAACGACCCAGUACGAUAGCGACUUCCUAUAAAAAACAAACUUGUCUCAUAAGGUUAUCGCAGAAACAUGUGAACAUGUAUACUUAAUAAAGGCAACAGUAGUAUACCGCUGUUUUAAAAACAGAUCUUUUUAAGAUUUGGUAUCCAGUAUGAUUAUGUAAAGAAAUGCAUCUUAUAAUGAAUGCAUGUUUACGCAAAGUAAAACUUUUUCAUGUCUUUAGAGAAAAUAUCAUUUUUCCAUCUUAUUACGAUGUUAUCAUUGAAUUAUCAUUCUGUUUUAAGAUAUAGCAGCUAGUAAAUCAUUUAUAAACAAAACCGAUCUGUCCUUUUCUCAAAUUGCAAGAUCGUCAGUUGAUAUUUUAAAAUGUUUUGUUUCGGCACUUGUCUAUCUUACAUGAUAGCAAAGAACACACAACGAAAAGAUGUAGCCGUCUUGAACACAGUUAAGCCUUAAAUAUGGUGCUCACGCUCAAGAACGAUGACAGCUUCCCAAAAAACUUGUCAAAUUAGUUUAUCUCAGAAACAUAACAUUUUUAUUACUGUGAGUUAUACUCAAGACAGAACUUGGAAUCAAUGUAUCAAGCGCGAUUAAGUGGGGAAAAAGGAACUGAGCGAUGCCACAGAUAUUUUAAG